GCACUGAAGGGGAAACGUCCCUACACUGAAUUAUCCUGAACGACAGCGUCGAAAUCUAAAAACAACAAACUCGAGUUUGAUGACGAGGCGCGAGUGAGAGACGGACAGCACUGUGACGUACAGUUCCAACAGCUUUAAUAUAAACUUCCUUACUACAGGCGGCUACUGACUUUCAACAGUCUUGUAUUAAAAUUGAAAAAAAGAAGAAAAUGAACUGUGGCUUGCUGACAAACAAGAAUGAGCCAGUUCCACUGAAGCACAUUGAGGUGGAUCUGCAGGUUCAUGGGCAUGUAGGGAUGGUGACCUCCACCUUGCAGUAUGUAAACGAGGAAAAGAGUCCCCUGGAGGCUGUGUUUGUUUUCCCCAUGCCUUCAGGUGCUGCUCUCUGCCAAUUCAGUGCAAAGAUAGCAGACAAGGAGAUAGUGGCUGAGGUGCAGGAGAAACAAGAGGCACGGGAGCAGUACGAUGAUGCACUGAGUUCAGGUGAAGAAGCCUUUUUGCUGGAGGAGAGUGAGGAGUCUGUGGAUGUGUUUAAGCUGAGUGUGGGCUCUCUGCCCCCGGGUCAGAGUGCUGCUGUCACCUUCAUCUAUAUCAUUGAGCUGAGUGUUCAGGCUGAUCAUUCACUGCAAUUCUGCCUGCCUGCAGUGCUUAACCCCCGCUAUACACCAGCUGGUACCGGUGGUGGUAUAGUUUCAGAGAUAACAUCAAGUUCUACUGCUAUUCCCUAUUCUCUCUCUUUUACUGCACAUGUGAGCUCUCCAAACCCCAUCACUAAAGUGGAGUCGAAAUGUUCUCUAGAGCCCCUGAUGUUCCUAAACACAGAUCACACAAAUGCAAAGGUAAGCCUUUGUGCAGGUCAUAAGUUUGACCAAGAUGUUGAGCUGAAUCUGUAUUAUCAGAAUCCUCAUCAGCUCACUGCUAUAGUGGAGGCUGGAGCUCCUACAGCAGAGCCAGGGACUCUCAUGGGAGACCCUGUGGUAAUGGUCAGUUUCUAUCCUGAGUUUCCUGAGUCAGUAAUGUCCUCUGUGUCAUCGUGUGGUGAGUUUGUGUUUGUUAUGGACAGAUCUGGCAGUAUGAGCUGCAGCAUGCACAAUGGACCAGGUGCACAAGAACGCAUUGUGUGCGCCAGGGACACUCUGCUCCUGCUGCUGAAGAGUCUCCCUAUGGGCUGUUACUUCAAUAUUUAUGGCUUUGGCUCUCACUAUGAAUCCUUCUUUCCGAAAAGUGUACAAUACAGUCAGGACACUAUGGAGCAGGCUGUGAGGAAGGUAAAGGAGAUGGGAGCAGACAUGGGGGGUACAGAGAUUCUGCAACCUCUGGAACACAUAUACAAACAACCUUGUAUUCCCAACCACCCACGGCAGCUGUUCAUAUUCACAGAUGGUGAAGUAGGAAACACCAAAGAUGUUCUUCAGUGUGUGAGGAGCAAUGCUGAUUUCCACAGAUGCUUCUCAUUUGGGAUUGGUGAAGGUGCAAGUUCUGCCCUCAUUAGAGGAUUAGCUGAGGACAGCUGUGGACACGCCCAGUUCAUCACAGGAACUGAGCGCAUGCAGGCCAAAGUAAUGCAGUCUCUCCGCUAUGCUUUACAACCAGCAGUGAUUGAUAUCACUGAGGAUUGGAAAGGUGUGUCUUGCACCCGUCUGAGCUCUGCAAUUACUUCACUUUUCCAUGGCCAAAGAGCACUGAUUUAUGCUCAAUUGAAAGGAGAGGAUUGUCAGAAACCAGAUGCAAAGGGAAAAAUAACAAUAAGGUACCACCUAGGAGGUCAAGAGGUCUCAAACACUGUUGACUUCUCCUUGAUGCCUGCUGAGAAAAGCAGGCUGGCGAUCCACAGGCUGGGCGCCCGCUCUCUGAUCCGCUCUCUGGAAAGGGAUGCUCAAGAUGAAGGGGCUGAUAAAGAGGCUCUGAAGACCAGAGUGGUGGAACUAAGUAAGCAGUCUGGAGUGAGCAGCUCACACACGGCCUUUAUAGCUGUCCAUAAGGGUAGUGGACAAGCUAUGAAGCAACCAGUGGUCAAGAGAAGAAUUCCUACCCCAAUGCUCAUGAUGGCAUGUUCAAUGAAAUCUUCCCGGCUCAUGGCUGCUCCAAUGGCUUCAAGACGGCUCAUGGCUGCACCAAUGGCUUUAGGACGGUGUAUGGCUGCACCAGUGAACUCUUUUUGUUGUGCUAUGGUUCCCGAUUUACCAACGAAUGCUCUAGGUGCUUCAGAUUAUGCUAUGGUAGAGUGUGAUGGAGGUUUUGACAUAAACCCAGAAUCUCUUGAGGUUCCAAAGGACCCAUUGUUGCAGCUUAUCUCCCUCCAGAAGGCUUCAGGUUGCUGGGAAAUGGAGGCUGAACUGGCAGAGGUGUUUGGGAGGACAGAAAAAGACCUGAAUGGGCAGAUUCCUGCACAGGUGAAGCCAGAUGUCUGGGCUACACUUCUGGCUCUGAUUUGGUUGCAUGGCUUUAAGAUCGAUGCACAGGUUGAGUGGCAGUUUUUGGCCAUGAAAGCAGUGGCGUGGAUCCGCAGUCAGAAAGUGGUCAACCAGUCAGCCUGUGUACAAGCAGGUAAUGCUCUACUGGGUUGUCAAAUUAAAGAAGAUGCACUUGGGCUCUGAAGAUUUCACCCUCUUCCACACAGAAGCCUUGGCAUCUUUUCUCUUUUCUUCUGUAAUUUCUUAACAUCAUAUAAGAUGGUGAUGGCAUCUGAAUAACCAGUAUAACAAUAAAACUAUAGAAACCUGA